AUGGCAUCCCGAGUCCCACUCAUCUUCUUUAGCCAGGUCCUAAUUAUAAUUCUUGUUCUUGGUUAUGCAGCUACAAGCAGUGUAGCUCAAAACAUACCAAGUGAGUACGACACCGUUUUCCUCAACAGAAGCAAUUUCCCAACUGGUUUCAUCUUCGGAACAGCUUCAUCAGCUUAUCAGUAUGAAGGUGCUGUGAAAGAAGGUGGUAGAACACAAAGUAGCUGGGAUGCUUACACUCACCAACACAAAGAAAGGAUAUUGGACGGGAGCAACGGGGAUGUAGCAAGUGAUGAAUACCAUCGUUACAAGGAAGAUGUGGGGAUUAUGAAGGACAUGAAUACAGAUGCUUAUAGGUUCUCUAUCUCAUGGAACAGAUUGCUGCCAAAUGGAACAAUAAAUGGGGGUGUGAACAAGGAAGGAAUCCAGUACUACAACAAUCUUAUCGACGAACUCCAUGCCAAAGGUUUGACACCCUUUGUGACUAUCUUUCAUUGGGAUAUUCCACAAAUUCUAGAGAAAGAGUAUGGUGGUUUCUUAAGCCCCCGCGUUGUGGGCCAUUUUAAGGACUAUGCAGACCUUUGCUUUAAGGAAUUUGGAGACAAAGUUAAGCACUGGAUCACCAUAAAUGAGCCAUAUACCUACGCCGCGGGUGGUUAUGUAAACGGGUUUUUUGCACCGGGACGGUGUUCCGCAUGGCAAAACCUAAACUGCACCGGCGGAGAUUCAGGAACAGAACCAUAUUUGGUGAGCCACCAUAUGCUCCUAUCUCAUGCCGCAGCAGUCAAAGUAUACAGAGACAAGUAUCAGGCAUCUCAAAAAGGCGUGAUAGGCAUAACGCAUGUCACCAGUUGGUAUGUGCCGUAUGCCGACGUACAUCAUCACCUCAAUGCUGCGUCAAGAUCCCUUGAUUUCGCUUUCGGAUGGUAUAUGGACCCUUUGGUACAUGGUCACUAUCCGCAUACCAUGCGAGUUCUAGUUGGAAAGCGAUUACCUAAGUUCACCAAAGAGGAAUCCAAACUUGUUAAAGGGUCAUAUGACUUUAUAGGAGUAAACUACUAUACUAGUAACUAUGCUGCUUAUGCGCCGAAUCACAAUAAAUUGGAAGUCAGCUAUACUACAGACUCCCGUACAAACCAGACAACCGAAAAGAAUGGUGUCCCCAUUGGUGAACAGGCCACUGGUUCUAGCUGGCUCUAUGUUUAUCCGCAAGGCUUUUAUGAUCUUUUGAACUAUACGAAGACAAAGUACAACAAUCCACUAAUUUACGUCACUGAGAACGGCAUUAGUGAGAAGAAUGAUCCCACAUUAACUCUUAAACAAGCCCUUAAUGACACCCAAAGAAUUGAUUACCACUUCCGCCAUCUCACUAAGCUUCGAGAAGCGAUCAGGGACGGUGUCAAUGUGAAAGGAUACUUUGCAUGGUCAUUGCUGGACAACUUUGAAUGGGGUUGGGGUUACACGGUUCGUUUUGGCAUUAAUUAUGUGGAUUUCGACGAUGGGCAGAAAAGAUACCCAAAACUCUCAGCACAUUGGUUUACGAGAUUCCUCAAGAAAUAA